GAAGCGAAUCCAGGAGUUUGGGAUUUUUUAACCCCUUCCCUUCCAUGGAAAUCCAGGGGGUCUUCCCCGCCAGUGAAAGGCUGGAUUGCUGGAGGCGGAGGGAAAGCAGCGAGAGCCGCCGCAGCCUAUGAAUUGAUUCAGUCGUGCAAAGCCAUUGCAUGGCCGCUUCCCCCGCCCGCAGCCUGCUCUUCGCCAGACUGAAGCGCCCCAACUUGGAGCAGCUGGGCGGGUGGUAAUCCUCGGGCUGGAGGAACCUCGCCUCCCGAGCCAGGAGCACACUCCUGUUGCCGCUGGUAUCCAGGGAACCUUCCUCCUUCUCCAAGAGAUACACACUGGUUGUUGCUAAGGUCGCUUCCACGGUAACAUGCACAUCCUGUUUACACCUUUAUCUGGAGAAGUUGGGCUCAGCUAGUCACGCCAGCUUCACCUGGGAAGCUGUAGAAGGAAGCACCCGCUUCCCCACUUCUGGCACCUCCGCUAGGAUUCUCCUCUCUGUCAAGGCCCCACCAUCCAGUCCUCUCUGGGGCCGUGGAGCUAAGGCGGCUGCUGGGAGCUGCCAAGGACCGUCUGUGUCCCCUGCGGGACAUUCAGGGGAGGGAGGUGAACAAAUAGGAGCCAGCGUUUUUCCGCUCGCGUCUGUUGCAACUCGCGCUGUUUUGGCAACAUGACGAACAACGCUGCUGACCACCAUCCUGGGAAUUCGGUCACCGAGGGCAGCCAUGAAGGGGAUUUCGGCUGCUCUCUGGUCGAUCUGCGGACCCUCAUGGAGCUUCGGAGCGGCGAGGCUGUCGCAAGGAUAAAUGACACGUACGGGGGUGUGCAGAACAUCUGCAAGAGGCUGAAGACGUCGCCGGUAGAAGGCUUAUCUGGGAACCCAGCAGAUCUGGAAAAGCGGAGGCAGGUCUUUGGCCAGAACUUCAUCCCGCCCAAAAAGUCCAAGACCUUCCUGCAGUUAGUCUGGGAGGCGCUUCAGGACGUCACACUGAUCAUCUUGGAAAUCGCAGCCAUAAUCUCCCUGGGCCUAUCGUUCUAUCACCCCCCAGGCGGUGAAAGCGAAUUGUGCGGCCAAGCAGCGGCGGGCACGGAGGACGAGGGGGAGGCACAGGCUGGCUGGAUCGAGGGGGCAGCCAUUCUCUUCUCGGUGAUCAUUGUGGUGCUGGUGACGGCCUUCAACGACUGGAGCAAGGAGAAGCAGUUCCGGGGCCUCCAGAGCCGGAUUGAGCAGGAGCAGAAGUUCACGGUCAUCCGCAAGGGGCAGGUGAUCCAGAUCCCUGUGGCCGAGAUUGUGGUGGGGGACAUCGCGCAGAUCAAAUACGGUGAUCUGCUGCCCUCAGAUGGGAUCCUGAUCCAAGGCAAUGAUCUGAAGAUCGACGAGAGCUCUCUGACUGGGGAGUCGGACCACGUCAAGAAAUCAGUGGAUAAAGACCCCAUGCUGCUUUCCGGUACCCAUGUGAUGGAGGGCUCCGGACGGAUGUUAGUCACAGCUGUGGGCAUCAACUCGCAAACUGGAAUCAUCUUCACUCUUCUGGGCGUGGGAGAUGGGGAGGAGGAGAAGAAGGUGAAGAAAGGUAAAAAAGCAGGAGCCCCUGAAAAUCGCAACAAAGCUAAAACUCAGGAUGGCGUGGCCCUGGAGAUCCAACCCCUGAAGAGCCAGGAAGGGGUGGAGAAUGAGGAUAAGGAGAAGAAGAAGGUGAAGGUCCCGAAGAAGGAGAAAUCGGUGCUGCAAGGGAAGCUCACCCGUCUGGCGGUGCAGAUUGGGAAGGCAGGACUGAUCAUGUCAGCCAUCACGGUCAUCAUCCUGGUGCUGUACUUUGUGAUCGACACCUUCGCGGUGCAGCGCAGGCCCUGGCUGGCGGAGUGCACCCCCAUCUACAUCCAGUACUUUGUCAAGUUCUUCAUCAUUGGUGUCACUGUGCUGGUGGUGGCCGUGCCUGAGGGCCUGCCCCUGGCUGUUACCAUCUCCCUGGCCUACUCAGUCAAGAAAAUGAUGAAGGACAACAACCUGGUGAGGCACCUGGACGCCUGCGAGACCAUGGGCAACGCUACGGCCAUCUGCUCGGACAAGACGGGCACGCUCACCAUGAACCGCAUGACCGUGGUGCAGGCCUACGUGGGUGACACCCAUUAUCGGCAGAUCCCCGACCCUGAAGCCAUCCUGCCCAAGGUCUUGGACCUCAUCGUCAAUGGCGUCGCCAUCAACUCAGCCUACACGUCAAAGAUCCUGCCACCAGAAAAGGAAGGGGGUCUCCCGCGGCAAGUGGGAAACAAGACGGAGUGCUCCCUGCUGGGCUUCGUCCUGGAUUUGAAGCAAGACUACCAGGUGGUUCGGAACGAGGUGCCAGAGGAGAAGCUCUACAAGGUCUACACCUUCAACUCGGUGCGCAAAUCCAUGAGCACGGUCUUGAAAAACUCGGAUGGCAGCUUCCGCAUGUACAGCAAAGGGGCCUCUGAGAUCAUCCUACGCAAGUGCACAAAGAUCCUGGACAAGAACGGGGACCUGCGGGUGUUCAAGGUGAAGGACCGGGAUGAGAUGGUGAAGAAGGUGAUUGAGCCGAUGGCGUGCCAGGGGCUGCGCACCAUCUGCCUGGCCUUCCGCGACUUCCCUGCCGACGCCGAGCCUAACUGGGACAGCGAGAACGAGAUCGUGUCUGACCUGGCCUGUAUCACCGUGGUCGGCAUAGAGGACCCUGUCCGGCCAGAGGUGCCAGAGGCCAUCGUGAAGUGCCAGCGUGCUGGCAUCACCGUCCGCAUGGUGACAGGUGAUAACAUCAACACCGCCCGUGCCAUCGCUACCAAGUGCGGCAUCCUGCUGCCCGGGGAGGACUUCCUGUGCCUGGAGGGCAAGGAGUUCAACCGGCUCAUCCGGAACGAGAAGGGAGAGGUGGAGCAAGAGCAGCUGGAUAAAGUCUGGCCCAAGCUGCGAGUCCUGGCCCGUUCCUCCCCCACGGAUAAGCAUACGCUUGUGAAAGGAAUUAUUGACAGCACUGUCGGAGAGCGGCGGCAGGUGGUGGCCGUGACUGGGGAUGGGACCAAUGAUGGCCCAGCCUUGAAGAAAGCUGAUGUCGGCUUUGCUAUGGGCAUCGCAGGCACUGACGUGGCCAAAGAGGCUUCAGACAUCAUCCUGACAGACGACAACUUCACCAGCAUCGUCAAGGCAGUGAUGUGGGGCCGCAACGUAUAUGACAGUAUCUCCAAGUUCCUGCAGUUCCAGCUGACCGUCAACGUGGUGGCGGUCAUUGUCGCUUUCACAGGGGCCUGCAUCACACAGGACUCUCCGCUGAAGGCCGUCCAGAUGCUGUGGGUGAACUUAAUCAUGGACACCUUUGCGUCCUUAGCCCUUGCCACAGAGCCCCCCUCAGAGUCCCUGCUGCUGCGUCGGCCGUACGGCCGCAACAAGCCCCUGAUCUCCCGCACCAUGAUGAAGAACAUCCUGGGGCACGCGGUGUACCAGCUCACCAUCAUCUUCACGCUGCUCUUUGCAGGCGAGAAGUUCUUUGAUAUUGACAGUGGCCGGAACACGCCGCUGCACUCGCCGCCCUCUGAACACUACACCAUUGUCUUCAACACCUUCGUCAUGAUGCAGCUGUUCAACGAGAUCAACGCUCGCAAGAUUCAUGGCGAGAGGAAUGUCUUUGAUGCCAUCUUCCGGAAUCCCAUCUUCUGCACGGUGGUGCUGGGAACCUUUGCCGCCCAGAUCCUCAUCGUGGAGUUUGGUGGGAAGCCGUUCAGCUGCUCCGGGCUCACCUUGAGCCACUGGCUCUGGUGCAUCUUUAUCGGUGUUGGAGAGCUACUUUGGGGCCAGCUGAUCUGCAGUGUUCCGACCAGCCAGCUGAAGUUCCUAAAGGAAGCCGGACACGGUACCACCAAGGAGGAUAUUCCAGAGGAGGACCUGCCGGAGGACAUGGAUGAGAUUGACCAUGCUGAAAUGGAGCUGCGGCGGGGGCAGAUUCUGUGGUUCAGGGGCCUCAACAGGAUACAGACUCAGAUGGACGUAGUUUACACAUUCCAGACCGGCGCCUCCUCUUUACAGGGAGCCCUCAGGAGACAGCCUUCCAUCGUGAGCCAGCACCACGAUGUAAAACAUGUUUCUAGCCCAACCCAUAUCAAAGUGGUGAAUGCGUUCCGUAGCUCUUUAUAUGAAGGCCUCAAGAAACCCGAAUCCAGAAGCUCCAUUCAUAACUUCUCAACUCACCCUGAGUUCAUCAUGGAGGAAGACGAGCCUCAAUCCCCAUUCCUCGACGACGCAGAAGAAGACUCCAAGACUGACGGACUCAAAAACCAAGGUGGGAGUAGCCCAGGUGAAUCCUCCUCCCUCAACCAAAAUAACAAUGCGGUGGACAGCGAUCUAGCCGAGAACACCGUCCCGGAGUUUGAAAGCCCCUUAGACAGCCUGGAAUCAUCGGUUUGACCUUUGAACUUUGAUACCCCCUUCACUUCCUUCACCCUGAGUCCCGUGUGAUAUCAGCACCAAUAACUGAUAUUGCAGAGCGGUCACUUUGUGUUAACUGCUCAUAUGUAUACUAUUUUGUUUUCCUUUUAUGAUUUAGUGGCAGGAACCAGAGUACCAUGGGUUGGGGAGGGGGGAGGGAGCAGUUUGCAGUGGGUACUUGCCCAGGUGGGAAACAGCCAAGUUGAUAUUUCUUCUCCUUGAGUCAGGUUCCGUGUGUCCAUAGGGGUAUUUCAUUUUGAAAAAUGCAUGUUCAAAGAAAAGGUUCAGAUUGUCUUAAAUAGUCUUACAUGCAUGCUCGCCAUCUGAGGGUGCAUUUGUGGGGUGACUUGGGGGUCUUUUAGCUUGUGGAAUUUGACCCCUGAUAAUGUCACACUGUGGGGCGGGGGGAGAAGCAGCAUGAAGGUACAGAUUUAAAAAUUGAACAGGGGGGAAAAAUCUUGAAUUGUGUUAAAGAGGAGGAAAGGGAAAAACCAAACAGCUAUUCCCUGCGGGAGACUCUGAUGGUUAGAGUAUGUAAACCAGUCUUCCACCGUGAAAAGAUGGUACCUAACCUUUACUACUUUUCUGUCUUCGUAUGUGUGUGUCUCUCUGUUUCCAACAUGCUAACUAUGAUUAAAAACAAG